AUGGAUGCCAUAAAAAGCAUUCUGUCGCCUUUGGGCAUGAACACUGGCGCCAUCCAGGACACACUUAAACUUGUCGUCAUCGGGGGAACCGUCGAGACAGCACGGAGAGCGUCGGUAUCGGCUUGGAAUGGCUUUGUGGAUUCUUUCUUCCUUACAGCGCACUUUAGCCAGGAAGAUUACCCGUAUGAUUGGCUGAUGCACUGGUUAUCCAAGCAACCCGCUUGGGGCCGGAGCCGAGAGUUUGAAAUCACGACACGUUCCUCGGGUCGGAAUGGCCUCACGCAGUCUACGACUGGUGACCUUGACGAAGAAGAUGAGGAAGAGGAUGACGCGCUUGUUCAUGGUCGACGGAAACGCAAGGUGGCUUUCAUGCCAAGUAUUGACACGACACAUACCAUUUAUUACCGUGGUCACUGGCUGAGGAUAACUAGAACCAAGCGCUAUCCCGAUUACGGCCACGGAUCAUCCCUCAAGAUCAGUGUCGUAGCACGAAAUAACGACAUUCUCAAGAAGCUAGUCCUCGAGGCAAAGCGGGAGUAUGAAAAGGAUGCCGAACACCGUGUCCAUAUAUUCCUUGCUGAUACAUCCUAUCCUUGUUGGCGUUGGAACGGCGCUCGACAAAAGCGUCCAAUGAGUUCCAUCGUUCUCCAACCAGGUGUCAAAGAUAUGCUUCUCGCUGAUUGCAAAGACUUUCUGUGUUCGGAAGAAUGGUACGCCGAGAGAGGAAUCCCUUUUCGACGUGGGUACCUUCUUCAUGGUGUACCGGGAAGCGGCAAAACCUCCCUUAUCCACUCUCUCGCUGGAGAACUAGGGCUAGACAUCUACGUCGUUUCGCUGUCAUCAAAGGGAAUGAGCGACAACACUUUAACGACACUGAUGGGACACGUGCCAUCAAGAUGCAUACUCCUCUUGGAAGAUCUCGACGCGGCGUUCACCCGCUCCGUGAGCCGAGACUCAAAUUCCACCGGAGCACCCACAACAACGACGACCACUUCCGGAACCUCCGACAGCAACAACACUAACAACGAUGGGUCGACUCUCAGUCUUAGUGGGCUCUUGAACAGUCUCGACGGUGUCGCCGCCGCCGAGGGUCGUCUAUUGUUUGCAACGACAAACCACAUCGAACGCCUCGACCCUGCCCUGAGCCGACCGGGCCGGAUGGAUGUGUGGGUCAACUUCACGCACGCCACUAAAUGGCAGGCGGAGGGUAUCUUCAAGUGUUUCUUCCCUUUCAAGCCUUCAUCUGUCAACUCGUCCACGCCCCCGGCUGCAGCGACUACCGCGUCCGACUCUUCGCAGAAGAACCUUCCGGGUUCGAAGCGCAAGUUUACGCAUCAGAUCCCUCUGCUAAGCGAGGACGAGAUUUCAGAGUUGGCUAAGCGGUUUGCCGAGGCUAUUCCGGAGGAUGAGAUGAGUGUCGCGGCCCUACAAGGGUACUUGCUGAAGAACAAGACGCGUCCUCGCGAGUGUGUCGAAGAAGUCGCAGAAUGGGUCAUUCAAGAACGCGAGACACGUGAAAAGCUGAAGAAGGAGAAAGCCGAGCGUGAGGCCAAGGAAAAGAAGGAGGCCGAAGAAAAGGCACAGAAAGAGAAGGAGGAAAAGGAAGCAAAGGAGAAGGAAGAGAAGGAAACUAAAGAGAAACUCGAAAGGAAAGAAGCGCGAGCAAAGGCCAAGAAAGCCCUGCGAGCAGAGGUAGUCGUGAAGAGUGAACCUACUGCAAGCACUGAGUCUACCGCGACCACUACCGAGUCCACCAGUGAUUCCUCCUCAUCAUCGUCCGAGUCUGAGAACACUACAGGUGUGGACGCGGAUACUGAAGAAAGUGUGACGUCUGAAGAGGAGGAUGCAUCCACGGAGAACGAGAAGAAGAAGGAAAAGUGGGUCGCGGUGAAGGGUCAGUCGACCACUGAGACUACUGAUGUCGCCGCAGAGCCGGCAGCAUCAACGUGA